UAUUCUACAGGCUAUCAGAAAGACUGUGUGUGACUGGGAAGGUGGGCGCGAACCAUUUAAUGACCCUGCACUAAGGGGAGAGAAAGAUCCCAAAAGUGGCUUUGAUGUUAAAGUUCCAAGGCGUGCUGUAGGUCCCUCCAGUACCCAGCUUUACAUGGUGAGAACCAUGUUAGAGUCCCUCAUUGCUGACAAAAGUGGUUCCAAGAAAACCUUGAGAAGUAGCCUUGAGGGGCCCACCAUAUUGGACAUUGAAAAAUUCCAUCGAGAGUCUUUCUUCUACACUCACUUGAUAAAUUUCAGUGAAACCCUCCAGCAGUGCUGUGAUUUGUCCCAACUUUGGUUCCGGGAAUUUUUUCUGGAGUUGACCAUGGGUCGCCGAAUUCAGUUCCCCAUUGAGAUGUCUAUGCCUUGGAUUCUAACUGACCACAUAUUGGAGACCAAGGAAGCAUCAAUGAUGGAAUAUGUUCUAUAUUCUUUGGACCUGUAUAAUGACAGUGCUCAUUAUGCACUCACCAAAUUCAAGAAACAAUUUCUCUAUGAUGAAAUUGAGGCAGAGGUCAACUUAUGUUUUGAUCAGUUUGUCUACAAGUUGGCAGAUCAGAUAUUUGCAUAUUACAAGGUUAUGGCAGGAAGCCUUCUUCUGGAUAAACGAUUAAGAUCAGAAUGUAAGAAUCAGGGUGCAACAAUUCCAUUGCUAACAUCUAAUCGAUAUGAAACAUUGCUAAAACAGAGACAUGUCCAGCUUCUUGGUCGGUCAAUUGAUCUGAAUCGCUUGAUCACACAGAGAAUUUCAGCAGCUGUGUACAAAUCAAUGGAACUGGCAAUUGGGCGUUUUGAAAGUGAAGAUUUGACCUCCAUUGUAGAGUUGGAUGGAUUAGUAGAAAUAAACAAGAUGACACACAAGCUCCUGAGCAGAUAUAUGACUUUAGACAGCUUUGAUGCUAUGUUCAGAGAAGCCAAUCAUAAUGUAUCUGCUCCCUAUGGAAGAAUCACUCUUCACGUCUUUUGGGAACUCAACUAUGAUUUUCUUCCCAAUUAUUGCUACAAUGGGUCAACCAACAGGUUUGUUCGAACAAUACUACCAUUUUCUCAGGAAUUCCAGAGAGACAAGCAGCCCAAUGCACAGCCUCAAUAUCUACAUGGAUCGAAGGCUUUGAAUCUGGCAUACUCCAGCAUUUAUAGCAACUAUAGGGACUUUGUAGGCCCCCCUCAUUUCAAAGUGAUUUGCAGACUACUGGGAUAUCAAGGGAUUGCUGUGGUGAUGGAAGAAUUACUGAAAGUUGUCAAGAGUCUGUUACAAGGCACAAUUCUUCAGUAUGUAAAGACCUUAAUGGAAGUAAUGCCCAAAAUCUGUAGGUUGCCUAGACAUGAGUAUGGCUCCCCAGGAAUUCUGGAAUUCUUUCAUCAUCAGCUCAAGGAUAUUGUUGAGUAUGCUGAACUGAAAACUGUGUGUUUCCAAAAUCUGAGAGAAGUGGGAAAUGCUAUUCUCUUCUGUCUCCUCAUUGAGCAGAGCCUGUCAUUGGAGGAAGUUUGUGAUCUAUUGCAUGCAGCACCAUUCCAGAAUAUUUUACCAAGAAUUCAUGUCAAGGAGGGGGAAAGACUUGAUGCUAAAAUGAAGAGACUAGAAUCAAAAUAUGCUCCACUCCACCUUGUUCCAUUGAUUGAAAGACUGGGAACACCUCAGCAAAUUGCCAUUGCAAGAGAAGGAGAUUUGCUAACCAAGGAGCGUCUCUGCUGUGGACUUUCUAUGUUUGAAGUCAUCUUAACAAGGAUUCGAAUAUUCCUGGAUGAUCCCAUAUGGCGUGGUCCUCUCCCUAGCAAUGGUGUGAUGCAUGUAGAUGAGUGUGUGGAAUUUCACCGCCUUUGGAGUGCAAUGCAGUUUGUAUACUGUAUUCCAGUAGGAACCCAUGAAUUUACUGUCGAACAAUGUUUUGGAGAUGGGCUGCAUUGGGCUGGCUGUAUGAUUAUUGUGCUCUUGGGACAGCAGCGUCGAUUUGAUGUGCUCGAUUUUUGUUAUCACUUACUGAAAGUACAGAAGCAUGAUGGCAAAGAUGAAGUCAUCAAGAAUGUGCCAUUAAAAAAAAUGGUUGAGAGAAUUCGCAAAUUCCAGAUCCUGAAUGAUGAAAUUAUUACCACACUGGACAAGUAUUUGAAAUCUGGUGAUGGAGAAAGCACACCGGUGGAACAUGUCCGCUGUUUCCAACCUCCCAUUCAUCAGUCUUUGGCCAGCAACUAGAAAAGAUCUGUGAUCUUUUGAAAACAAUGGUCAGUUGCAGCACAUUUUGAAACUAGAUUUGUUGUCUAAGGGAGACUGCCCUGAUCUUCAUUGCUUUCCAGGAUCAACUAAAACGUUUGAAUGGUUGUUUUCAAACUCAAUUACUGUACACAAAUUUCAGAUUUUAGACUAUUUUUAAAAUACUUUUGAUAAAAACACUUUGCAGUGCAACUAUUUUAGGCGUAAAUCGUUGCGUUUCUCCAGUUUUUAUAAUUGUUUUAAAGGCUUAAUAUAAGGGAUCUUUAUUUACUUUGGCUAACAAAAGUGAAUUUUAUUAUAGGAGUAUGCUUGAAAUGUUUUUGUAUAAGGAAAGUAAAGCUGCUCAGCUUAUCUUAUAAAGACACUCCGUUUGCUAUUUUUUAAUCAAUAGAAGGUUCUCUUUAGAAAACUAUUUUACCCCAUAAUGUAAUCAGCUUUGGAAAUAAAAGAUUUUAAUGAGAUUUUAAAAGUAUGAUUGUAAGAUAGAAAUAAUUAAUGCUUCGUGUUUAUUCAGAUUUAGGAAAUCGGUUAAAUACCCUUAGAAUAAAGGACUUCUGGUUUUUUAGCUUCUCAUAUAAUUGGUGAAUCUGAAUCCUGUUUUUAUAUCUUGUUGGAAGCAAAUGAAGUUGAAGGUGAAAUUAUUGUGGAAUAGUAUAUAGGGAACACAGCUUACAUUUACUAGCUUAGAUUUAUACCUUUUUCAAGGGUUAUUUAGUUUUAGAAAAAUUAUCUUCAAACAUUUAACUGUUUGAGAAGUAUACUUUAAUGAGUCAUGAUUCAAUAGUUCUGUCAAAAUUCUGAAUUAAAUGUUACUGUAAUUUUAAAGUAUUGUUUGGCUUUUCUGGUCUAAGAAUCACUGUUUCAAUUAUGUAUAAAGUCAAGACAUGUUUGCAAGAGAGAUUAUCUCUGUAUCCAAUUUUCUAGGUAGCGUAAUUGUAUUUAUAACAUAGGCAGUAAUAUUAAAGUUUCUAACACAAUGCAAACUAUUCUAAAAUUAUAGAUUAUCAGACCUAACAGCAGAUAUGAUCAACCCACAGCCAUAAGAGUUUCUUUCUAAUUUGAAGUAGAAAACCGAUAGGCUAAGUUCACAAAGUAUUUAGCUUGGUUAACACAAUGUGAUAAAUUUUGAACUAUUUAAUCCUACUGUAAUGUUAUGGAACUCUGUCAUAAAUUUAUUUUCUAAGUGUUAAAAUAGGCUAACUUGUUGGGAUAAUUUCCAGAAAUAAAGAAAAAUGGGAA